AUGAUGGCAGCUUCUUCCAAACCGACAGAAGAAAAUUGGCAUCCAUCCAGCCUUUUUGUAUAUAACCCACUCCCGGGUCACCAAGACUUUGACUUGACAAUAUCUGAUGCGAAGUCCACUGCUGAUGCUAGAGCCGAUUUCUACGAUCGCAGUCUGACGAGUCGCAGAUAUGCCCUUGUCGGAGUGGCAUGUUCAAGGAUUGUCACUUUAGCCAACCACGGAAUCUCGGGAGUAACCCCGCUCAACAUAUUCGAGUAUCAUGAUGUGAUGGCCAUCGGUGUGGGGCCCAUCCAAGUACUACCGCUGCGGGGGGAGAUAUUGACCCUGAUACUUGACUUAUUUGUCACGUUAUGUACCGAGUCCAUAGGCUUCGUACACGGCAUCUCAUUGCGCUCUGCGCUAGCCUCAGAGUCUCGGCUUCGUUUCAACACCAAUCUGCGCCUUCUGACCGCAGCCCGUGGAUGGUAUAACCCUAAUAGCGCCUUCCUUAACGGUAUCUCAGCUGUCCAUAUCCUACAGCGCGGCCUCACUCGUUGUGGAAGUUCUGACAGUAUUAGUAUCGCAGGGUUUCCGCUCCUCAUUUUGGGCGUCGCACUACUCCUCCAGGUGAUGAUCGCAUUGUCAGCGAUGCGGGCUGUCAAAAUCUUGACGUGGAGUUCUUCACCUUUCGACUUGACUGCUGCACUCGUCCACCACGCGCAAUUGACCCCUGCUACUUUCCGGUGCAUGCGUCCUGUGUCUGACCUCGACAUGUAUGGUGGUCCAGCGAAGCCACCAGAGACACAGCCCUCUGCGUGGCAUGCUCACCCUAGCAUCCGUAAAGUUGUCAUUUAUCUUUGGCUGAUCGUUGCAGCGUGCGCUGGAUGGGCUGUACUCGUCAUGUAUUUCUGGGACCACUUCCACCUCGCUCAAGUUGUUCCCACCUCUCCGCUUACACUCCAAACGUGGUCGUUUCUCCGGAAUCUUAUGGGCAAUUACGUCAUAUAUGAUCUGCCAGGUGUCAAUCUUGAGGCAUGGAUUGUGGUCUUUGUCUUCACUGCAGUAGUCCAGGGACCAUUGACGCUUGGGCUGCAUUGCUCAGAGCUCAUCGCGAAUGUCAUCCGAGACGAAAGACAGUGGAGAUGUGCUACCAAAAGGAAAGGACUUAGUGUGGCGACGAACCCGCUGAAGCCAAUUUUCAUUCAUCCGAUGUGUCUCAUACUUUUCAUCGCGAAGCCUUUCCUGCACUGGAUGUUUGGGCUCUCAUUCUCCUUAGCUUUGACAGCCUUUGACGAGAAUAUAAACGCUCUGGUGAUGUCUAUGUUCACUGCCCAGAUCUGGAACUUAUGCAUUGCGCUCUUUAUAUUUUCCUGUUUCUUCACCUUCAUCGCACUACGCCGACCGCACGGUCCCCAGCCAGCUGCAUAUGGCCACCUCCAGACGCUCGCCAACCUCGUGGAUGAGUGGUCCCCUGUGAUGUGGUGGGGACACAAGGAGAAUGGAAUUCCGUACUGUCAUGCUGGGACAAGCGAUCACCCGCUGCCGGACGUGAAGAUGGACUGCGUUUAUGCUGGUUCCGUUGCUGGGUCUCCGGUACCCCUCUCGUGA